UUGACCAACAGAAACUCUCUCUUCAUCACAAGAAAGUGGUGUGUUGUCCUCUGAAACUCACCUGUUAGAAAGCUGACUAAUUCAAUAUUUUCUCUGUCCACCAGAAUCUUUGUCCCUCUCUCUCCAUAUCUUUAUGUACAUCUCUCUUUACUCCUCUUCUUAUACCACACUUUCUUUGUUAAUAGUUCAAACGCACAAAAUAAAAGAAGCUAAAGAAAGGUUCAAUGGAGAAAUCAAGAAUGCCAAGAAACGUUUAUGAACCUUUGAAGACAUAUUUUCUCAAGGUUAACAUCAACUGCCAUGGAUGUAACAGGAAAGUGAAGAAAACAUUAAGAAAAGUUGAAGGUGUUUACUCUGUUGAUAUAGACACAGAUCAACAAGCAGUGAUUGUUAGAGGUAACUUGGAUCCAGAGAUUUUGGUCAAGAAGUUGAACAGAAGAGGAAAGUAUGCAGAGCUUUUGUUCAAGAGUCCUUUCCAUAAGGACCAGUUUGGUAAUCAUCAUGACAACAGAAGCUUGAGGAACGCACCAUACAACUUCGGAAACAAUCACUUUAACAAUGUCCCAAGUUACGAAAGGCAAAGCGAUGGAGAGAUGAUGAAGAUGAUGAUGGCAAACAACAUGAAACCUGUGAUGAUGAACGAUGCAGACUACUUUCAGAUGAACGAUUCUUCUGAAGAUUUCCAGGAGCUGUUUGGAGAAACAGCGCAAAGACACAACUAUGAUGAAGAGGUGCAUCCAAAUCUGAUGAGGGACAUGGAGCUUGGAUAUUCUAAUGCAUACCCUGCAGCAGAAACAAUGAACAUGCAUAUUCCAGGAAGAUCUAAUAAUAUGAUGAUGAAUGAGAGAUCUUUCCACAGUCAGAUGAUGAACGGUCCAUCUCUAGUUCCACAGUUUAUGAAUCAGGAACAGUUCAGCGCAAGGCAACUUAAUGGAUUCUACUACUGACUGAAGAAAGUUUUUAAGAUAUGUGUGUGUGUGUGUUUCACCUCUUUAUUUCACGCAUAAUAGACUAGUAGUAUAGAGUUUUAUAUUGUUUCAAUGUUGGUUAAGUGUGUGUUUGUCACCACAUUAGCUAUUAACAAGAACCUAGUGGUAUCAAUCUAAAAGCUAUCAUCACAUUUCCCAUGA